GCUCCGCUGCGCGGCCGCGGCCCGCUCGCGCGGAGAUGACGGACGCCCUGCGCGCCCCCGGCCGCCCCCCGGCCGCGGACAGCUACUUCCGCAAGGGAUGUAAUCCUCUUGCUGAGACGGGUCGAAGCAAACUACAAAAUCAAAGAGCUGUUCUAAACCAACAGAUCUUAAAAGCAGUGAGACUGAGAGCUGGUGCUGAAAAUCUUUUACGAGCUACCACCAACAACAAAGUACGAGAACAGGUACUACUGGAACUGAGUUUUGUAAACUCAGACCUGCAGAUCUUAAAGGAGGAAUUAGAAGGACUUAAUAUCUCAGUAGAGGUUUAUCAAAAUACAGAAGAGACUUUCAGCAUUCCCUUGAUACCUCUUGGCCUGAAGGAAACCAAAGAAAUAGACUUUACAGUCUCUCUCAAGGACUUUAUUCUGGAACAUUAUAGCAAAGAUGGUUCUGAGUAUGAAGAUGAAAUAGCAGAUCUCAUGGAUCUAAGACAAGCCUGCCGUACUCCCAGCCGAGAUGAAGCUGGUAUUGAGAUGCUGAUCAGCUAUUUUCUUCAACUUGGUUAUGUAGAAAGCAGAUUUUUUCCACCCACCAGGUAUAUGGGGAUCUUAUUUACAUGGUACGAUUCCUUCACAGGCGUCCCGGUGUGCCAGCAAAACCUGCUGCUUGAGAAAGCAAGUAUUUUAUUUAAUAUUGGAGCCCUCUAUACCCAGAUUGGCACAAGAUGCAACCGUCAGACCAAGACUGGGCUUGAAAAUGCAGUUGACGCUUUUCAGAGAGCAGCAGGAGUCCUGAGCUACUUAAAGGAUACUUUUACUCACACACCAAGUUAUGACAUGAGCCCAGCUAUGCUGAAUGUACUAGUCAAAAUGAUGCUUGCUCAAGCUCAAGAGUGUGUCUUCGAGCAGAUCUGUCUCCCUGGAAUAUGCAAUGAGUUUUUCACACUAGUGAAAAUGACACAGGAAGUUGCAAAGGUCGGAGAGGUUUACAUGCUGGUUAAUGCUGCAAUGAAUCAGGAACCAGUCAAGGAGAAUAUCCCUUAUUCCUGGUCUAAACUGGCACAAAUAAAAUCAGACCAUUACAGAGCUCUAGCGCAUUACUUCAUUGCCACCAUCCUGUGUGACCAUGAGUUGCAGUCCAGUGAUGAUGAAGAUCAGCAGGAGAAAGCCUUGUCCCAGUUGUAUGACCACAUGCCAGAAGGGCUGAUGGUUCUCACCAUUUUAAAGGACAAAGUUCAGAGAAAGCAAUUAGGGAAAGCUCAUUUACGCAAAUCCAUUGUUUACCAUGAAGAAGCUCUAAGAGUCUGUAGUUUGUGCAAAAAACUUCGAAACAUUGAUAUACUUCAAGAGGUCCUGACAGCUGCACACAAGCGCUCACUUCUCAAAUAUUCUCAGCAGGAGAAGGAAGAUGACUUCCUCAGUCUAAUGCAAGCUCCAGAUAUACUUCCUAAAACAGAGCAUAAAGUAGAAACAGUUGCUCCUCAGUUUUCCAAAGUGAAAGUUAAAGACUUCUUUCACAAGCUGGGCCCGCUGUCCGUGUUCUCAGCCAAGCAGAGGUGGACAGCGCCGUGUGCCAUUCGCUUCCGCUGUGAAGCAGGGGAGCUAGGAUUCAGUCUUAAAGGAGGCUCGCCAGUACAGACUUACUGUCUUGAUCCAGUUUGUUCUGCAGCAUUGAUGGGCCUAAAAGAAGGUGACUACAUUGUUUCAGUUGGUGGUGUGGAUUGCAAAUGGCUUGGAGUGAAUGAGGUGCUGGAAAAAUUCAAAAGCAUGGGAGAGCAGCACAUUGAGAUUGAGGUUAUCAGUUCUCAAGAUACAACAGCUUCUAUGCAUAGUAAGAGUGCAACUUACUCUGUGGGAAUGCAGAAGACUUACUCCCUAAUCUGUUUAGCCAUGGAAGAAGAUAAGAUUGAUCAGACCAAGAAAGCCCCACCAAAACUGCCUUUUCUAAGUUGGGGAACUAAAAAUAGACAGAAAGCUGCAAGUACUCUCUGCCUUCCUUCAGCUGUGGCUGGAAGUUCUCAGAUAAAGAAAAAGCUUUCUCCCUUCACACUCCUGAAUACAGAAAGUUCAUUAUACUGAAUCUUCCAGAAGGAUCCGUUUAACAUGAAGUUAUUCAUAAAAUGUAUAUAAAAAAAAAAAUACAUUGAUGUCAUCUUUAUAUACACAUUUGUAAAUUCAGACAAAUGUUGCCUUCGCUUACUGAGUAUUUGAACCACUAUAAAGGUCAGAUGCUGCCAAAAACUCUAAACCUCACAUUUAAAGUUUUAAGAUCUAAACAAAGUGGUUUGGGAGGUAUUAUAUAAGUUACUUAGAUGGGGACUGGAUUCCUUUGAAUUUCAACAUAUUCUAUAAUAACUAAUUUUAUGGCUAUUAUAGAUGGGAGUUAUUUAUUACAAACUUUGAUGCUGCAUGCAGAAUAAGGUACACUUUGAAGGAUAAUUUCACUGUAAAAGUUUAGAAUUUAUAAUAAAUCACUUAAACUACUUUAAAUAAUGAUCUUAAGGACAAACAGCACUGGAGAAAUGUUAUUCAGAGACUAGCCUUGUGCCAAGGGGAGCGUAAUGCAACUCUUUUUAUGCGUAGACAUGGUCUUUGGGACUACUAAAUGGAUUCUGUUAAAUAGUUGUUAAUUUCACUCUGCUAAAGAAUUAGAAGGCUUAAAAGUCAGAAGAUCUUUUCAACUACAAAAGGCUUUGACUCUGCUCUCUCUCUGAUCUGGUUACAUUUUUAAUGCCUGCUUAUUCCAUUGUUAAAAACAGGCUUUAUUCCAAACUUGAAAUUAUUUAGCCUGCUUAAUUAAAGAUUUGUAUUUCAUUAGUCUGGCUAAAAUUGAUAAUGUAGAACAAAUCUCAAAACUGAAGUAUUCCAAUUCUGAAAUAUUAAUCCAAAGUACAUAAACUGUGGUGAUACUCUUAAAACAUGAGAAAACAGUGCCUGGAAGUCUUAAGUGGUAGAGUAUUUAUUAGAGGGCCAAGUACAAACCUUAAGAGACACAAAAUUCUCCCCUUGGAACAAUUUAUGAGGAAUUAUUGGCUACAUCUAUUAAAAAUAAUUAAAAGAAGGCAUCAAAAGGUUGUUCAUACAGUUGCUCCUUUUUUGAGAUUCUAUUUUCUGAUUAAUUGAAAAUUGCUAACACUGUAGUGUUAGUUAAAGAUGCUAUCUACAGAGUAGAUACAUGCUGUUUGAUACUCAAAACUUAAAUAAUGGGAAAGUUUGUGCCUGGGUAUAAACUUUUAAGUUACCAUUUAGUUUCUUAUAUAACAGGUAUAAAUGUGUUAAUGACACUUAUUUAAGAAUAAAAUCAGAU